UGGGUUAAGCAGCGUCAAAAAGAAGCUUAAAGACUGAGAAAAAUGGUUCCUCACCUUCAAACCCUAAAAUUAAUAAAACAAAAAGCAAAAGAGAGUAGUGGGGGAAUCGAUGGGAGGAGAGAAACAAAGAACAAAAUAAAUAAACACCCACCUCUUUAUCUUUCCGUCUCCUUCUGAUCUUUUCUCUCUUUCUCUCUGCAGCAGCAACUAUCUCUUGUGGAUGUGAUUCUCCAACAAAAUUACAUCCUCUAAAAACCCACAUCAAACUUUUACAAAGGAGAAAGCUAGCCAUGGUUUUCUCAUCCGUUCCCGUCUAUCUGGAUCCACCCAACUGGCAACAACAGCAAACAAAUCAUCAUCAACAAGGAGGUGGAAGUGAUCAGAAUAAUCCUCAGCUUCCAUUGGUGCCUUCUUCAGAAGCUAGAUGCACUUCUGUAGAUGGCGGCGGUGGUUUGGGCUCGAUUAAACCUGGAUCGAUGUGUGAUCGAGCCCGGAUGGCCAAGCUGCCGCAGCCAGAGACAGCACUGAAAUGCCCUCGAUGUGAAUCCACAAACACAAAGUUUUGCUACUUCAACAAUUACAACCUUUCCCAGCCUCGCCACUUUUGCAAGACGUGCAGGCGCUACUGGACAAGAGGAGGAGCCUUGAGAAGCGUGCCGGUGGGAGGAGGCUGCCGGAGAAAUAAAAGAAGCAAAGGUGGCAACAGCAGCAGGUCAAAAUCACCAGGCGCAGCUGGUAAUUCUAGCUCAAGUACGGUUAAUUCUUCCAACAGCUGCAGCGCUAGUGAUAAUAUCAUAGGCCAUUUGACACAUCCACCACCACCACAUCAAUUGCCGUUUUUGCCCUCCUUACACCAUCUUCCUGAUUAUGGUUCCGGGGACAUGCUAGGGCUAAAUAAUUUUGGGAUUAAUCAACCUGGUGAUGUUGAAUUCCAACACCAUCAGUACGGUUCGGACCGGUUCGGUGCAAGGCCAAAUAUUUUAGGCAUGAAUAAUAUGAGUAGUACUGAGCAUUGGAGAUCAUCACUACUUCAACAGCAAUUUCCUAAUUUCUUGGUUAAUUUGGGACAACCAACUAGUACUACUCAUGGGUUGUACCAAUUUGACGGUGGAGAUCAUCAAAAUGUUGUCCAGCUCCCGAUAUCUAAGCCGUUGGAUCAUUCUGCGGGUAACGGAGUUACUACUACUCAGAUGGCUAAUGUGAAAAUGGAACAGAAUCAAGCACUGAAUUUGUCAAGGAAUUUUUUGGGAAGCCUUGGAAAUGAUCACCAAUACUGGGGUAGUAGUACUACUGGUACUGGUGGGAAUGCUUGGACUGAUCUUUCUGGUUUCACAACUUCUUCUUCUACCAGCCAUCUCUUGUGAUAUUUGAUCAUGGUCACUUGUGUUUAAUUCAUUGAAUUACUACAGGUUCCAGAAAGAAAUGAUCAGGUACUCUCCAAGAUAUUGGAGUUUCAACCAAUCGAUCGAUCAACCAUACCUUUUCAUGGGUUUUGAAGGUUCAAGUCCAAAAGUACGUGUGAGAUGAAAUGGGAAGGCGGAACAGUCUCAUCAUAUUUUGUCAAAAAAUCUUAAUUAGAUGGAAUGGUAGGAUUUUUAGUUUGAAAUCGUUCGUUGUUUUUUAUUGCUUUAGUUUUUUGGGAGGGUUUGUGUAGCUUAGCUAUAUAUAUAUAUAUAUAUAUAUAUAUAUAUAUAUAUAUAUAUAUAUAUAUGGUUAAUCAUGUUUCAUGGAGACUUGGAGUAGUUUGUAUCUGAUAUUUUUAAGGCCAAAUUGUUAUCAUUCCUCGAAUGAAUGCUAUAUGUGUAACAAGUUUCCUUCACUAAUUUUAUGAAAUUGUGUCCA